UAUGCCGUAAAAUUGGAAACUCGCCAUUAGGAAAAGCACUCUUCGAAGAUACUGAUAAAAGUAUGGUACGCGAAUAAAUCUACGACAGUGAGAAGAAUCGACACGUUCUAACAAUCUGAAUCAAUGUUGACAUAACAACUUAAGCGACAGAACAGAGAGAUGCGAUUUAAUCAUAUUGAUCCGGUGAAAAUUAUUAUAAAACGAAACUUAAUACAAUUUAUAUUGCAUUUGUAGAAGUGAAGUCGAAAACCGGAUACACAGCGAAACAGACAUUAAUAUUGAGACGUGUAAUAAAUCGUGGCACUUAAGACACAUUGAAUGAUGACGGAAUUAGAAUCAGAAAAGGUGUCUUCAGAUAAUAAGAAGGACAAAUAUUCUGUUGUUUCUUAUUGCCGCUCGGACUUAGUGAGGAAAACUUUUGUACAUAUAUGCAAUCUUGAUGAAUUUUGGACUAUUUACAAAACGACUAAUAUCUUAACAUUGAAUAAAGCUAACGAGAGAGUACCUUUUGAUAUUGUGAUGAACAUUAAUAAAAUAGACGAUAAAGUGCAUUUCUGUAUUAAAAACCGUUCUCUUGAGCUUGAAAAGGCUUUAUGUAAUGUUUCUUUGCAGUCAAGUGUCUCAAAAAAUAAGUUUAAAGUGUUACCCAUGCUUUCUGACGGAAAGACUUUUGAAGUACAAAAAUCUUUUCUGUUGACAACAGGACAAGAAUAUGUUUUCUUUGGCAUACUCAAAGUAAUUUUUAAAUUUUAUUGUGCUGAAUGUAUCUUAUACAACACUAUACAUACUACCAUAUCACAUUAUGAUGAUAAAAAAUAUAUGGACUUUGCUACUGACAACACUUCCACAAUUAUAUUGAAGACAAACAAAAACGAAUAUUUAAUAAAUAAUGAUUUGCUUUGUGCAAAGAGCAAAAAAUUCGAAAGUUUGUUUGAAGAUAAAGACCAAAAGCAUACCAUAAUAUCUUUACCUUCCAUGUCAGAAGAUGUCAUAUUGAUGUUUAUAAAUUUUUUACAAUGUAACAGCACGUUUAUUUCAGAAAAUGUUGAGCUCAAAAAGCUAUUUGCGCUUUUUACAUUAGCUGAUAGAUUUGAAGUAACAGAUCUUAAAACAAUUUGCGAGCAAUAUAUAAAAGAGUAUAUUCUUCUAAGAGCGGAUACUUUAGGAGAAUACAAUGCACUCGAUAUUUUACGGUUUGCAUAUGAUAAUUCUUUACAAGAUUUAAUAAAACUUGCCACUGAUUUCAUCGCGUUAAAUAUCAAUCAUUACUUACACUGCAAACAUUUUUUAGAUCUUACAAAAGAACAUCCCGAAUUAUAUACUCACCUCAAAGAAGUUGAACUAAAUGUGCGCAAAGCAUACUUUGAAAUUUAAUAACCGUAAAAGCCGGAGUCAGUAAAUUAUAACAUCCGUAGAAAAUUUAAUUUAACAUUACCGAGCAAUAAAUAAACUUUCAUAUCUUAAUCUUGAAAUGUAUCAUACGAGAUUUUGUUGUUUAUAAUUCAUGAAUGUGUGUUGUUUAUAAUUCAUCGCAUACCUUUUGCAACGUAUACUUGUCACUCACAGAGAACAAACAUUAUCAGUUUAUAAUAUGUUCAAAUGUAAUAAUAUCCCUCAUUACUUCGGUGUUUUUUCCCUCUUUUGUUAGAAAAACAUAAACGAAUUAUAUUGUUAAUUAAUGUAUUCUUUAUUAUUGUAUUUUAAUAGGAGACUAUAU